GAAAAUGUGAUUUUUGCAAAUUCAGAUGCUAGUGAAGCUCAACAAGGUCAAAAAGCACUUUUAAUUCCUCAACCUUUACAGCAUUCUAAAUUUGGUGAAAUUUGGGGUCUUGCACGGCAAGCUGUACAAUUGGCUAUAGAAUGUGAUGAUAAUGAUAUAGAACUAUGGUUGAAACGUUUUAUUAAUCAAAAGAAGCAUCUUUUAAUACAAAAUGAAGAGUCUAAAGACAGUGAUGACAGUGAAGAUAGCAAAAAGGAAAAUAAUUCUACAAUCGAAAAUCUAGCGAUUACCAAGCAUAGGGGCAGACCUGCAACCAAAAGAUUCAAGGCUGCCACAGAAAAGUCUCGCCGUUAG